AUGUUUAAAAAAAAGCCGGCAAAAGCGGUGCAGUCAAAGAGUGACAACCCGAGGUUGUUCUUCGUCGGUCUCGUGUGCGUGAUUUUGUUAUACAUUUACCGAGCGCUUCUCCUUUCUUCUUCCUCUUCAAAGAGUAAGAAGAAGAAGAAGAAGAAAGAGGAAAUGGUGGUGGUAGAUAAAACGCGGAAAAUUAGCGCAGAGGAAGUGAGGAAACACAACUCGGUGGAUGAUUUGUGGAUUAUUAUCGAUAAGAAAGUGUACGACGUGACGGAAUACGCGGAGGAACACCCGGGAGGAGUAGCGGCGAUUGCCAAAAACGCAGGAGGCGACGCGAAGUGUUCGAUAUCGUAG